CACACCGCGACGCUGUUGUGCUCACUGACGUCAUCAUCAGCCGACGGUCUGUCAAUGUAAACAUUCGUGUGCAGCUUCGGGAGAAAAAAAAUACUCAUGGAGAAUCUUGUACAGGUCCAUGGUGGGGGAGACUAUGACUCAGACUUUAGUGAUGAAGAUCAACAGGGAGAAUCCUCAGAGAGAGCUCGUAAAAGGAAACACGAGGAGGAACUCCUGCAGAAGCCUUUCCAGAAAGGUCAACAUUCAAAGGUCGCUCACCGCAGUUUGCACUCGAGUGAAGUGGACAGAGAAGAAGCCCGGAACAGGAGAGCCCACCUGAUUUCCUUGAACGCCUUUGAGCGGCAUAAGAAGUUUGUCGGCGACUACAUCCUCUACUAUGGAGGGCAGAUGGCCGACUUCAAACGCUCUGGGGUGAAAGAUAAAACGGAUCUGGACGUUCUGCGCGAAAACCACCGCUUCCUCUGGAGGGACGAGGACGAAGAAGACAUGACAUGGGAAAAGGAGCUGGCCAAGAAGUAUUACGACAAACUCUUCAAGGAGUACUGCAUAGCAGACCUUAGCAGAUACAAGGAGAACAAGUUUGGCUUUCGAUGGCGGACGGAGAAUGAAGUUGUGUCUGGUAAAGGUCAGUUCCAGUGUGGAAACAAACGUUGUGAGAAGAAUGAGGGCCUAAAAAGCUGGGAAGUCAAUUUUGCCUACGUUGAACACGGGGAAAAGAAGAACGCUUUGGUGAAACUGAGACUGUGUCCCGAAUGCUCUUUUAAACUCAACUUCCAUCACAAGAGGAAGGAAGUUAAGGCGAAGAGUAAAAAAAACAAAGCGUCGCAGGAGAACCAGGAGCCCGCAAAGAAGAAGAAAAAGAAGAGGAGGAAAACAUCGUCUCAUUCCAAGAAACACAAAGACAAGAAGCGCAGAGAUCACUCCAGCGCUUCCAGCAGCUCUGAGUCACAAAAUUCAGAAAAAGAAGACAGUGAAGCCGAGGAGGAGCCAGAGGGCCAAUCAGAAUCGGACCACUGGCGUGGACCCGCCCCAGCAGUGGAGGAGAAGUCCAGGGAGGAAGAGUUCGACGACUACUUUGAAGACAUGUUUCUUUGAAUCUGCUGGAAUCAAGAGGCAAUUCUGCUGUGGCUUCAAUUUUCCUUUUUUUUUAACUCCAAUGUUUACUGUGCGAGCUUAAAACCACCAUGUUUGUAGCUGUAAAAGUUCUGUUUACAUGCUGAUGUAAUAAAGUUUCCAGAAGUUUGGGUAAAUUGAAAA